UUAGGAUCUGGCAACCCUGGUUGGAGUGUUAGUAGUGUUGGCCAGCAAUACGCUGAGGGACGGGUGUUUGUACUGUGUUUCAGAUGGGUGAUCACGGCCAUGGAAGGGGAAGAGGGAAGCAGAAAGGUGGUGGUCGUGGAGCACGGAGUAACUCAAAGCCUGGAAUAGGCUCGCUCGCAGACAGUGAAGGGUUCUGGGCUCAUUGCAGUGUUAAGUCAGUCUCACUUGGAAAGGCUGGUGGUGGGAGAGGCAACACAUCCUCUCAGAAAGUGGUCCACAAACCAGAAAGCAUGGAAGCAGAAACUGAGAUUGGCGAGAGGAAGUUUGCUGCUGCGUGCAAAGAAAUCCAGCAGUCAGUGGAGCGCUAUAUGGCUUCUCACCAUUUUGAAGACUCGGAAGAUGAUGAUGAUGAUGAUGAGGACGACCUUGAGGAAAAUAAUAUACUUGAACGUGUAUAUGGACAGUAUGGAACAGAGAAAGACCAAAGUCGCACACAGCAGUAUCUUCAGGAAGCAUUCAAAACAGGUGCUCUCGUGUGUCUCAUCUGCAUUGAGAACAUCAAACGCUCUGAUUCAAUCUGGAGCUGUGGUGAAUGUUAUAGCAGCUUCCAUGUGAGUUGUGUACAGAAAUGGGCAAAGGACAGUAUUUACCAGAUGGCUGAAGCUCAGGCUGAUACCAAUGAGAAAAUAGAUAAAUCUUGCCUUAAAUGGUGCUGCCCUAAGUGCCGGAAUGAGUACACACAGUCCGUCAUUCCUACCAAGUACCUAUGUUUUUGUGGUCAAAAAGUGGAUCCUCAAUUUGACCCGUGGCUCAUACCUCACUCUUGUGGCGAAACUUGUCGGAAGAAACUACAGCCACUCUGUGGUCACACCUGCCUACUCCUCUGUCACCCUGGUCCAUGUCCACCGUGUCCCAAAACCGUCACAAACACGUGUCACUGUGGCCAGCGGCCUCCACAGACCCGACGGUGCUCCUCCAAAACAUGGUCCUGUGGCCAGCCAUGCGAAAAAAUCCUCAGCUGUGGUCAACACUCGUGCCAAGAUGCUUGCCAUCCUGGAGAAUGUAAACCAUGUCCCAGACAGAGUCGUCAGCCAUGUUGCUGUGGCAACAGCAUUCAAUUAAGAGAAUGUGCUAACCCAGUCUGGCAGUGUGAUAAGGUGUGUAAUAAACAACAUAGUUGUGGCCAUCAUUUGUGCCAGAAAGUGUGCCACAGUGGAGAUUGUGGCAAGUGUCCAGAAAGUGGCGUUCGCACAUGUCCUUGUGGGAAAACGUCUCACACUCUUCCGUGCACACGAGACAUUCCAACAUGUGGCGACACCUGUGGCAAAGAGCUGGCAUGUGGAGUGCACUUUUGUGCUGAGCGCUGUCACAAGGGACCAUGUCCAAUUUGCCUUCAGUUUCGGGUGAAGCAGUGUCGGUGUGGGACACGGAAAAAGGAAAUGGCCUGCAGCAAGGAGCUUACGUGUGAAAUCAAAUGCAAGAAACUGAGAGAUUGCAGGCGACACACAUGUAGCAGAAAGUGCUGUGUGGGAGACUGCCCAAACUGUGAGCAGCCGUGUGGUCGGACUUUAGUGUGUCGCAGUCACAAAUGUGAGAGUCGUUGUCACCAAGGACCAUGUUAUCCAUGCACAGUGACACAUACUAUAUCUUGUGCUUGUGGAGCCAGCAAAAUCACCGUCCCAUGUGGUAGAGAGAGGACCACUAAGCCUCCCAAGUGCUCCAAACAAUGCAAGUUGCCUUCUAUAUGCCACCACCCACAGCAGUUGAAGCACAAGUGUCACCAAGGACCAUGUCCUACCUGCCGUAUAGUAUGUGGAAUGAAGCUUCAGUGUGGACAUAUUUGCCCAGUGCCUUGUCAUGAUGCAGUUCCUGUAAAGAUUGUUGACACCAAGAAGAGAGCAGGACCUUGGGAGCCAGUGGUUGCUCCUCAUAUUGAAAUCCAAAAGAAGCCGUGUCCUUCCUGUCAGGUGCCAGUACCAACAAGAUGCUUUGGUCAACAUGAAAAUCCAAACUGGCCAUGCAGUGACCUUCGGCCAUACUCUUGUGGACGGAAGUGUGGACGUGUGCUCGACUGCACCAACCACACAUGUAAACGGGAGUGUCAUGAGGUUGAGAAUGCCCCAGAUGACAAAAGAGCAGGCUCUAAUUGUGCACCCUGUGAAGUACCUUGCUCGAAGCGUCGCCCAGAAGGGUGCAACCAUGAAUGUGGGAAAGCGUGCCAUCCAGGGGAUUGUGCAUCAUGUGAGAAACUGUUGAAAAUCAAGUGUCACUGUGGCCUGAACCAGCUGUACUUGAAGUGUCACAUCUGGAACACGGCACCACAAAAGAAACAGGAAAUGCAGAGCUGCAAAAAUCAAUGUAACAAACUGAUGUCGUGCAACCACCGGUGUACGAAAGAUUGCCACAGUGGUCCGUGCAGCAAGCCAGAAGACUGUCACAAGCGUGUAGCGGUCCGUUGUCCUUGUAAAAGACAGAGGAAAGAUUUCUUGUGUCAUCUUGUGUUAGCUGGGAAAGUUACCUUAGAAUGUGAUAAUGUUUGUGUUGCAAAGAUGGAGGAGAAGAAAAAGGCGCAAGAAGAAGAAGAAAGGAGGAAAGCAGAAGAAGAGCAAGCAAGGCUAAAAAAGGAAUUGGAAGAAUAUGAAAGGAAGGUGGAGGGUAAAAAGUCCAGACGUCGAAACAGGCGGCAACAGGACAUAGAAGUAGAACAGACGUUCUGGGAGAAGUACGGGAAAAUUGUAUUGGCAAGUUCCAUUCCAGUGGUUACAGUAGCUGUCUAUUUGUUAUAUGACAUGUAAUAAGAUAAAUCUAGUCAACAUUGGACUACUAAGUUACAGUAUUUUUCUUUUGUAAUGCACAUCCUUUUGCAUUGGGUAAAUAUAAGUUUUUGAUUAUUAUACUAAUAGAGUACAAGUAAAAGUAUUCUUUGUUAAUUAUUUUCUAUUAAAUUAAUUUUUUUAAUUUGGGUUUUAAUGUCACGUAUUAAAAUAUACUGUCUUUUAGCAUUAGAGAUGGACCUGCACAUCUUACACAAGUGUAAUUUAGUGUGGAUUCAUCCAUUUGGAAGCAAAAUCAAAGAAUGGGUAUAUGUAAUGUACAAGUUAAUUCCUGGCAAAACAAGCUUUUUCGUUUUUUUGUUAAUGCCCUACUUUAUUAACAUGUAGGAGCAAAUAAAGCAUUCAUUUGCUCAUUUGUAAUCCAUUUGUUCAUUUCUACAACUGUUUAACAUUAGAAGUUCAUUGCAAUUAACUUAAGCUUUGGAAACAACCUCGUAUAAUAAAUAUAUUGGGUAAAGUUUGGUUAGUAUUUAUGUACAUCAGAGGUCACAGAUAGGGAUAAAAUAUUUUGCAAUGGCAUCCACACCUGUUUUGCCACAUUGACUGCCUUUGUUGGCACAAGUUGUUGGGACAAGCAAUAACUCCAAUUGUCCUCACCAAUAUUUCAACAUUAUUGACUGCAUCCACUUGUCUCCUAUCAGUGAUUCACAGCUGCAGUGGAAUGACUAAGGUUGUAUUUUAAGGUAAUUUUUUUUCCUGAGGUACACAACUCAUCUCGAGUCUCCACCAUAUAAGAAGGGACUUUAUAUUUUUGUUUCGCCUGUUCCUUUCCCUCUCAGCCCAUACCUUGCAUGAAUUACUGUACUUUCAAAUCACUUAUGUGGAAAGGUAUCAAUUAAUACUAAGGCAUCUAGUAGGUAUUUCCAUAAAACCUUUUUAUAUGGCUUUCAACAAUGCAUAAGCUUUUUGGCAAGUCCACGCAGUGUUUUUUCACACGUUAAAGGGGAGGGUAGAGACUAUUUGCCAUCCAAAUAUAUGUUAAUACACAUGUUGUGUAGCGCUGAUUUGUUGUUUCUUAAGUUGUAUUUGAGCUUCAUAAUUACAACCAAAGAUCAAAGGGAAUGAAUGUACCCAAGUAUAUACGUGUGUGUUUGAAAUGUUAUUUUGUCCAUCCAAAUGUUACUCUUGCUGCACAAUGAAACCAAAGGUAAAGUUGUUGAUUAUGUAUAAAAAACUAAAGAAAAUUAAUGAAUACUGCAUUUAGCAAUGUAGAUGACAGGAAUAUAUUUAAUGCUUUAUAUUGUGCAUUACAUCUUUUGUUAUUAGUUUUAGUCUGCACCGAUUAUGUAUUUUGAUAAAAUAAUUCAUAAAAUGUAACAUAUUA